UCAUCUCCCCCCGGUCCCUCCCCCUUCUCCUCCCCAGAGAGACUGCGCGGCCUCAGCCCACACAGCGCCGCCGCCGACAUACUCCAGAGCCGCCGCCGCCGCUGCUGCUGCUGGAGUAACGGAGCCUGCGGGAGGGAGGAGGAGAAGGCGUAAGAGGUGCAGCGCCCGUGCCGAGGCCUCCUGCAGGAGAGGACAAUCAGUUGCUGGCUUAGUAAAGAGAAAACACAGACAAGAUGCCGAAGCCGAUAAAUGUACGGGUGACUACCAUGGACGCAGAGCUGGAGUUCGCCAUCCAGCCGAAUACGACCGGUAAACAGCUCUUUGACCAGGUGGUAAAAACAGUUGGCCUACGCGAGGUAUGGUUUUUUGGGCUGCAGUACGUGGACAGUAAGGGUUACUCUACGUGGCUGAAGCUGAAUAAAAAGGUGACUCAGCAAGAUGUCCGGAAGGAAAAUCCUUUACAGUUCAAAUUUAGAGCAAAGUUUUUCCCAGAGGAUGUAUCAGAAGAAUUAAUUCAGGACAUAACCCAGAGACUGUUCUUUUUGCAAGUUAAAGAAGCGAUAUUAAAUGAUGAAAUCUACUGUCCUCCCGAGACUGCGGUCCUACUGGCUUCCUAUGCUGUACAAGCCAAAUAUGGGGAUUACAGCAAGGACGUCCACAAACCAGGUUACCUGGCCAAUGACCGCCUGCUCCCUCAGCGUGUUCUGGAACAACAUAAACUGACAAAAGAACAAUGGGAAGAAAGGAUACAAACCUGGCACGAAGAGCAUAGGAGCAUGUUGCGGGAAGACUCCAUGAUGGAAUACCUGAAGAUUGCCCAAGAUCUUGAGAUGUAUGGUGUCAAUUAUUUUGAGAUAAAGAAUAAAAAAGGAACAGAGCUUUGGCUGGGAGUUGAUGCAUUAGGUCUUAAUAUUUAUGAACAUGAUGACAAGUUGACACCUAAAAUUGGAUUUCCUUGGAGUGAAAUCAGAAACAUCUCAUUUAACGACAAAAAGUUUGUUAUAAAACCAAUCGACAAAAAAGCCCCGGACUUUGUAUUUUAUGCGCCCCGUUUAAGAAUUAAUAAACGUAUCUUGGCCCUGUGCAUGGGCAACCAUGAGCUGUACAUGAGGAGAAGGAAACCAGACACAAUUGAGGUGCAACAAAUGAAAGCUCAGGCCAGGGAAGAGAAGCACCAGAAGCAGCUGGAGAGAGCACAGCUAGAAAAUGAAAAGAAGAAAAGAGAAAUAGCAGAAAAGGAAAAAGAAAAAAUAGAACGUGAAAAGGACGUGCUGAUUGAACGCCUCCGACAGAUCGAAGAACAGACACUAAAAGCACAAAAAGAACUAGAAGAACAAACUCGAAAAGCUUUAGAGUUGGAUCAAGAAAGAAAAAGAGCAAAAGAAGAGGCAGAACGCCUGGAGAAGGAGCGUCGGUCUGCGGAAGAAGCCAAGGCCGCGCUGGCCAAGCAAGCUGCAGACCAGAUGAAAAACCAAGAACAGCUGGCAGCUGAACUCGCAGAAUUUACUGCCAAGAUCGCGUUACUUGAAGAGGCGAAGAAGAAAAAGGAAGAAGAGGCUACAGAGUGGCAGCAAAAAGCAUACUCUGUACAAGAAGAUCUGGAGAAAACCAAAGAAGAGCUAAAAACAGUGAUGUCCGCUCCUCCGCCUCCCCCACCGCCGCUUCCUCCACCUCCCGCUGCUCAUACAGAGAACGAGCAUGAACACGACGAGCAGGAUGAGAACAGUGCCGAGGCCAGCGCCGAACUGCUGUCCGAGGGAGUCAUGAACCAUCGGAGCGAGGAGGAGAGACUGACAGAAACACAAAAGAACGAGCGAGUAAAGCAACAGCUUCAGGCUCUGAGUUCUGAACUGGCCCAAGCAAGAGACGAAACCAAGAAAACCCAGAACGACGUUCUUCACGCAGAGAAUGUGAAAGCCGGGCGCGACAAGUACAAGACACUCCGUCAGAUAAGACAAGGAAACACGAAACAGCGCAUUGAUGAGUUUGAGUCAAUGUGAGGGAGCACUGGCUGCUGCUGCACAUGCUACACACAGCUAUAUCACCAACAUAGAGAGUAGGCCUUUGAAAAAUCGACGAUGGAGCGAGCCCUCCCUUGCCAAAGCACUUGUACCAGUCUGACUGUGGAGGAUAGGAUUGAAUAAGACGAUUCGAAUGGCUUUCGUCUCCAGUGUCACGUCUGAGUUUUGUCCAUAACAAUACCAUAUCAAUGUUGUUAAUUUUGUCACAGUUAUAAUUUCCUGACAAGUAGUCGUUAGCUAACAAAGCCUUUUGCAAGUUACAUUUUGAAAGGCCAUUUGAAUUUUGAGUCUAGAACUGACAUAACUGUUUAGUAUGUGAAUGUUAUUAUAUUUUUUUCUUGGACAAUUUGGGAAUAUUUAUCAUUUUACGUCCCAUCAUAACCUUUGUCGCCUUUUAGCUUAGAAUGGUCCAGUCCAUGUAGAUAAUAUUGAAUGGUUCCCUUAUAUUCAGGGAUGGAUAAGCUAUGUCCUUACGAUUGGUUCGGUAUGCCGAGAAUAACCAGGCGUUAAAUCAAGAUCACCAAACAAAAUGCCCAUUAGUUUUAGGGAGUGGACGUUAUACUACUACCUCACACAGACGAUGACUGGUCCUUGUAAUACCAACCACACGUUUUAUUCACUAAGCUUUAAUCCUAGUUUGCGUUGUUUUGUACUUUUUAAUUUUCUUUAACUCUUUAUUUUAUUGCUUCUCACUGCUAAGCUGUCUACAUUCGUUUGUCAGUAGUAACAUUAUUUUAUAGGGGAUGGAUAACCGCAUAAAUACUAAUGCUUAGGCUCAGUCGGCACUAUAUGCCGUCCAUUAUGAGUAUAAAGCGCCUUCUCUCUCAUGUUCCGCCCUCCUAAGCAAGUCUCCUCCCCGUGGCUGUCCUGAAGAAGGUAUUGUGUCUUAGGCGGCUCAUAAACUGCAUCCGCUCGCAUGCUCUGAUGGCAGCGGGUUGCUUAGUCUCCGCUUUCUUUCUUUUGGAUUCUUUAAGGGAAUUUAUUCCAUUUGAUAAAUAGAAUGAAGUUAGUAGAGAGAGCGUGUUCUCAUUUCGAAAAUUCACAAUGGUGUUAUGGGCUAUGUUUAUCAAUAUUUAAAUAAUGCAGGUUUAAGGGACAUGACACAGCUACGUAACAUUUCCUCCCAAAGCCCUUUCUCGUACACUCGGUUUCCGUUACUAUGAGUGAGUAUUUCUCCUGGCAAGUGUACUUGUAGCCCUGCAAUAGCUGGGUUUCUGGUGGACUGAGUGGUUCCAGAUAGCUUAGCCAUGUAAUGAUGUAAUGCUGCUUACGAUGAUGGACACUAUGUUCCUGUUUUUGGGAAAUGGUGCCGCCUUUAAGAGGCAGGAGGGUCAUCUACAGCUGCCGUUCUCUAAAUAGUUUAGUUUCAAGCAGGAAAGAUUCUUGUAGGAAAGGUACUUUUCCUGCCAAAGUCCCAACUCCUUAGUGCUAGUUGAGAAAUUGAUUGACUAGACAUAGAAGAGUGCGGAAAUGUCAGUUGGAGGUAGAUGCUUGGCCAAAAAGUCCACCGGCCCCAGCACUGUUUCAACAAGGGCAAAGGACUGGUUCCAUACAGUUAUCUCCUUACUUGAACCAAGGUUUGGCAGUCAUUGACACUCCUGUUCUUAUGUCCCAUGAUGUUCCAGCCAGCACAGAGUUUUAUAUAUGCUAUAUGGGCAUAGCACAGGCCUUCGAAACACUUCUACAAUAUGUCGGAGUUGGGCGUUUGUUUGCAGUGCAUGCAGAAAUUGGGUUGUGUUUUGAGCCGUGUGCUUAAGGAUUUCCAACUUUUUUUUUUCUUUCUAUAUGACCAUAGAUGAUAAUGUUUUUCAAAUAUCUAUAUUAAACUAUAUAUUUUGUAUGCUCCUGGCUGUACUAUCGAUACAGCAGGCAGUCAUCCAUUACCAGCUGGGAAUCAGUGUUGGGUUGACGGUAGCUUGUUGCAGCUAUUAAGUGUUUAGUUAAUGAUGAGGAAGCCUCCUAUGAUCCCUGCCAAUACAAGGUAUAGGAGAAUAGAAUAAUGUACAGCGAGUCUGUUAAUGCACUUGGAGGAAGUAUUGAUUUAAGUGAAUGGCCCCCAGACGGUCAUGUUAUAAAGAGAAAUUUACCUGGUAUUUAAUAUUGGUUUUGCAGAUGUAUCCUUAUCAUGAAUCUGUCUGAGGACCAAUGGUCCUACUACCCUGCCAGACCAGCAAGUAAUAUAUUGCAGUUACACGUGGUAUUGAAACGGUUUUAUAGGCCAUGGCGUUAGAGUGGCAUUACAGCUUUCUUUAGAUUUGUUUGCUGAAGAGAGAAUUUAGCACUUGUAUAUCAGAUGCAGUCACUCUAAUACUCGUUAUUCGUAUUUCCGUGCGGGAUGUUUAGUCAGGAACCAUGGAAGGCCAAGGAAGCGUCAUUUCUCUAGGGUACAUUUAGGACUAUUACCUUUUUGGAGCAUUUUAUUUGUUGUACAUUAAAGCUGCAGUUACAACUAUUUUCAACCAAGUUGUUUAACAAUAAAGAUAUAAUGGACAUUU